AUCGAGUAGCGUGCACUGUGCAGUUGUCAAAUUUAGUUCGUAGUGGUUGGUUGUGUAUUGAUUACAUACAAAAUUAACUGUGAAAAUUACGAUUAAUUAAUAUAUUUUCAUAAAUAAAAAUAAAAUGAGUUUUGAACUGGAAUUCGAUUACGAGGCUACUACCGCAGCGAUGGAUAUUUUUUCGCAAGAUCACAUAGAUACAUUAAAAGAUUGGACACAAACUUUAGAUAAAUCGAAAUACGUACCAAAAGAUUUAACUAAUAAACAAUUACUGUUAUUCUAUAAUGCAUGUUAUGGUGAUAUUGAAAAGACCAAAAUCUGUAUAGAAAGAUAUUAUAAUCUUAGAAAGAAUACGCCUGAGCUGUUUGAUAAUCGAAUACUUUCGCUGGAUGAUAUGAAAACGUGCAUCGAGGCCUUGGAGUUCUCCGUACUUCCGGGCAAGUCGUGUAAGGGUUACGACCUCAUCUACCACAGACUUCACCUCACUGAACCCUCCAAAUACAUCUUCGAGUCAGCAGCAAAAAUGCUCUUCAUGACUGUUGAUGCCUGUUUAUACAAACGAGGCCCACAACCGGGUCAUAUAUUCGUUUUUGAUAUGCGUGGAGUCAAACUUGGACACAUAACACGAGUUGGAUUAUUGCCCCUGCGCAAGUUCUUUCAGUAUAUACAAGAAGCGAUGCCAGUUCGCAUGAAGUCAAUACAUGUGUUUAAUACGGAACCGGUUAUCGACAAAGUGAUGAUGCUCAUACGGCCCUUUUUGGAUAAAAAGUUUUUUGAUAUGAUAAAGUUCCACGCCAAAGAGGAAGAUUUCGAGAAUUUCUAUGAAACUAUCAUUCCCAGGUCGUCAUUGCCUCCAGACCAUGGGGGCACUCUGCCAGACACGCAGACGUUACAUAAAAAAUGCAUACAACAACUUAAAUCAUUAGAACCACAUUUCGCCGCCGAAGAACAACAACGUAUAAAUGCGCUUCCUGAUAAAAAGCGCGAAAAACAUAUGGAAAGAGCAUUUAAGAAUCUCGACAUUGAUUAGUAUUCAACGAUCUUUCAAUGUCAAUUGUCAAGUUUGAGUUUUGCCGUAAAUCUUAUGUUCAGCUGUAGGACUUAAAAACCUAAAGAAACUAUUUAAUAAAAAACAAUCUUGCCUAUCUUUUAAGUACACACUUGAACAAUUAUAAAGACAGGCGCUGAAAAAGUCUGCAAUAUCUACUGAAACUGGUCCAAACUCAGUUCCAAUAAGUCUAUAAUUACGUUUCAAAAUACAAUUAAUUAUUCUAUACCUUUGAAGUCACACAUGUAGGUAGAAUGUAGGAAAGUGCACACGCUGUAUAUAAAAAUAGUCGUACUUAGGUAGAAAAUUAAAUUUUCAUGUUAUCGUCAAGCUUGUGCUUAAUUAAAAUACAGAUUUAUAAUAUUAGCUCAGGCUAAAACUUUUAUUAAAUAAAAAAUAUUAUAGACCAAUUGUCAUUGAAAAUGUAGGAAUGUAAAAAAGACAUUCUGAACGUACAACAUUGAUGUCAAUUAUAUUUUGUGAUUUGUAUAUUUUUGGAAAUACAAAAUUAAAAACGAACAUUUUAGUAGUAAUCGUAAUUAUUUAGAGAGAUAUUUUGAAAAUUAUCUAAUUAACACAUUGGAAUUUUAUUCCCUGUUAUAAAAGUUAAUAGUGAUAAUGAUGUGAUAAAAUCAAUAGUUCAUUAUGAAUUUCUGAAUUAUGAGUAAUAAUUCAAUUAUGUUUAUAUAAUAUAUUUGAAAUAUUCAAGCAUAAUAUUAGCAAGCGUUACGCUUUACAGCAUGAAAAAAUAACAUAGUUACUAAAUCUUAUAGAUUAUUUCUGGUACUUAUAAUGCAGUAUAAAUAACUGUAGACAUUAGAUUAAAUCUAAACUUAGUAUUUGACUUACCACUUAUUUAUAGUUAUACUUAGCGGUACGUCUCGACUUAAACCUUAUCCUUAAGAUAUUCUCAGAUAGAUUCCUGCGUAAAUGUAUUUAAUUGUAUAAUUAGACGCCUGAACUCAUUACUUAAAAGUCUUAAAAGUCGCACUUAAAAAUAUUCUGGCAUUAACUGAUUUUGAUGUUCUCUUUUCCUUUAAAUCGUUAAUAAGAUGGCUCUCUGCAUAAAAAUAAAGUAAAGUUAUUUUAUAUGGUACGAAGAAAAAGUGUACUAAUCCCAAUGUUAUUAUUUCGGAUCCAUCUAGUUUAUAUCACAUGCCAACAUAUUGAAUAAUGUUUUUUAAUCUCGCACCAUUCUUAAUUUGCUCUAUGUUUUUUUGUCUUUUGCGUGUGUCCGCUAUAUAAUAUAAAGAUUUCCUAGAAUAAAACCACUCAAUAAAAGUGGUAUUAUUAGUAAUUGAAAUGUUAAAGUAUUAAAGUCUUUAUUCUAUUGAAAAUAUAAAGAAUAUUUUAUAAAAUCCAUGACAUCUACCGAUUAUUUGCCUAUUAUGUUUUUAAGUAUUAUGUAGUCUUUAUGAUUGUGUUAUAGUUUUGGCAAUACUUAAAACAAGUAUGGUGGGGGUUUGUUAAUAUUUGUAAAUUAUUAGUUGAUUUUGUACUGGGAACCUGGUGAUGUUAUGUACUUUUUAAUAGUUUAAAUAAAAUUUUCAUUAUUUUUUGUUGCA